AAAAAAAAAAAAAAAAAAAGAAUUCUGCACUUGCCUUUUGUGGGUUUGGGAUUUGGCGCGUAAUACAAUGCUCAUUCAAAUUUUCGUCAUUAUUCCGCCAUAUCGUAUCAAGCAAGCGCCACGCCUGGACAGAACAAAGCACUUGGCAUUUCAAUCGUAUUCCUGAAUAUGAUCUCCAAACUACAGAAACCGAUUAGGGUCUUUGGCCAGCUAUCAAUUGAUUCAACAUUCCGUAAGCUCCCUUCUGAUUCUUCAACUAGUUCCAACGAUCUUAAAGGCAAUGAGGGAAGACAAGCUUCACACAAGAGCAUCCCUUUCUCGCUUUCAGACUUCCUCGAUCGCAAGUUGCAGAAAUCUUCUGUAGUUCUCGGAAGAAUUCAGGGUAAACCAACGCCUUUUUUAUCUCCUCUGGGUUUAGGAAUAUCCGAAGUUAAAGAUGUAGGGACCAUCGAACAAGUUGAUAAAGAGACAAAGAGUAUCAGUGAUAGAGUGAUCUUUGAAAAGUUCAAGCAUAAUGAUGAAGAGAAGGGAGAUUUCAUUGGUCCAAGUGGUGUUAACGAGACAGAAAAUUCCGUCGAAGAUGAUAUGCAAGAGUCAAGGAAAAGAAAGAAUGCAUUUGCAGGACUGAGUGAGAACCAGACCGUUAAAAGGCAAGUGGUAAUUCUUGGAGGUGAAUCAACUAGAAAGCAAAUUAGAAGAACUACUGCUCAUUCUUCAAGCAACAAAAGGCCCCGACCGCUUUACAAUCACUAUAAAAAUGGCUGUGGAUGGUGGGACUGCGACAUGGAAGGUGUUGACAACGAGGAAGUGGGCUUCCAUGAAGUAUGGGAAGGGGUGGGGUCCGCCUCACUUGGAGAGAUUGUUGAUUGGCAUUGAUUUUACCUAGCUUUUGUUUGUAAGUAUUUUGCUUCUGUGCUGUGCCUCAAGCUUAACUGGUGUUAAAAGGGCAACCAGCAUGGCCAUGGCCUUUCCAAGUUUUCAUUCUUUUUUUUUUUUUAAUAUUAUGUGAUAUACGUUCACAAUAUACUAAAAUCCAUGCAAACUUUAUACAAUAUAUGUUCCAUAUUUGAUUAAUUUAAGUUCCUCUUAUCUGA